ACCUCCAUUGAUGUACAAAAAAAACUCAAAAACAACAAUCAUUGAACAAAGAAAUCGCGAUCAGAGGAGAAGAACCGAGUAGAAGGAGAGCUGGAAAUCAAAGAAACUCACCCAUGAUUGAAUCAGAAGGAGAAUUGAAGGAAACGGAACCAUUACAAAUAUUGGUGCAGAGCAAUGGGCAUUGGGAUGACAACAAAAACUAUGUUGAUUAUGAAUCAAGUGGAGAAUUAAUUUCGACCAAGUGCACUUUUGAGGAACUAAUGAGAAUAAUGAUGGAAGAACUCCAAUGCAACCAUGAAUCAACACAACUACAACUGAAAUAUCAACUGAAGGAAGGAGGCCAACCACUACAAAUCAAGGAUGACAAAAGUCUGUUGUUCUACAUAAAGCUAUUAACGAAGGAGGUUGAUUUCACAAGGUACCCAUUGUGUGUGAACAAAACCAGUAACACGGCACCACCUAACCAAACAAUGGUGUGGAACAAUAUGAUCAUGGAAUCGUAUGAGAACAACGCAGCACAGGAAGACUUGCAGCAACCUGGAAACAACACAGCAACAACUUCCAAGCAACAACUAUCUGCGCAGACGAUGGGAUCUGGUGAAGUUGAUACAUUUUUCCUAGAAACAGGAACAGUGUCAUCAGAAUCAACCAUACAACAACCAGAAAACAACAGAGAAAAAACUACAGCAGUAGAUGAAGAUUUCGACUUCACCGACUAUGCAAAGCUUGUGGCUGCAGAAAUGGUACAGCAACUAGAAAACAACCAGGAAGAAGAAGAGGAAGUGGACAACACAGAAAUGAUGAUCAUCAAUGACAAACGACAUGAAACAAUAGAGAAGGGGCAAAUUUACAAGGACAAAGAAACAUUGAUAAGUACACUAUGCUACUUUGCAAUCAAGAAGACAUUUCAAUACAAAGUAGUGAAAUCUUGCACAAAAGAAUACAACAUAGUGUGUUUGGACACAAACUGCAAAUGGAGUUUAAAGGCUACAAAACAUGGAAACACAGAAACAUUCAUAAUAAGGAGCUACGAAGAAGAACACACAUCCACUGCGUACAUAAAGACAGAAAUGAAAGACAAAUACGGAAUAAAGAUGAAUUACAUGAAAGCAUGGCGUAGUAAAGAGCGAGCACAAACCCAGCUACAUGGAAAUGCUAAAGAGUCGUACAAUCUCUUGCCAAGAUACCUGUACAUGCUACAGAAAACAAAUCCAGGAACAUUAAUAGACAUAGAGAAAGAUGAUGAUGACAGUUUCAAAUAUGCAUUUGUUGCAUUGAAUGCUGCUAUAAAAGGUUGGCCAAACUGCAAACCAAUCAUCGUGGUAGACGGUACAUUCCUAAAGGCCGCGUAUGGAGGCACGUUGCUCACUGCCAACACACAAGAUGCAGAAUCGAAAAUUUUUCCACUAGCAUACUGCAUAGUUGAUUCUGAGAACGAUAAAUCGUGGGAGUGGUUCUUAAAAAAAAUAAAAGAAGCAUUCGGGGUUCGAGAAUGUCAAUGCCUAAUAUCAGACAGACAUGAAAGCAUCAUCAAAGCAACUAGGAAAGUGUUCCCUGAAAUAACACAUGGCUACUGCAUCUUCCACCUCUUGUCGAACCUCAAAACAAAAUUCAAAAAAAAUGCAAAGCAUUUCAGAGUGCCAUUCUUUGCAGCUGCAAAAGCUUACACAGAAAUGGAGUUUGAAUUCCAUAUGAGGGAGCUAGACAACUUGGAUAAGCGCAUAAGACCGUACCUGGAGAAAAUUGGCCAUGAAAAAUGGUCAAGGUAUCAUUCAGAAAACAACAGGUACUCUACCAUGACAUCAAACAUAGCUGAGGCACUGAACUCAGCAAAUUUAGCAGCAAGGGAAACACCAGUGACAACAUUAAUGGAGUGCUUGAGGGCACAAAUGCAAGAGUGGACAUACAAUAAUAGAAAGGAGGCACAAAAAUGCACAACAAGGCUGACACCAUCAUCUCAGAAAAAACUCAUAAGGAACUAUGUACAGUCAUUGCGACUAACAGUGAAACCAGCAAACCAGAACCUGUUUGAGGUGAUAGAUGAAGACAGAACAAGAAUAGUAAACUUGAAGGAGAAGACGUGCACAUGCAAUAGAUUUCAAAAAGAUGAAAUGCCAUGUAACCAUGCAGUCGCCGUCAUGAAGGACUUGAACAUAAACACAUACAACUACUGUGCACAAUACUACACAUCAAAAGCAUGGCUGCAAACAUAUGAAGAAACAGUAUACCCAGUUGGAAACGUAAGAGAAUGGGAACUUCCAGAAUUUUUUGAAGACAUCAUAGUGUUGCCUCCAAAGGAGAGAAUCAAGUCUGGAAGGCCGAGGAAAAGAAGAAUGGCAGCAGCUUGGGAAACAAAGAAACAAAACAAGUGUGGCAAGUGUGGACAAAAGGGAUAUAACAAAAAGACCUGCAGAAGAAUUACAGCAUAG